AUGUCGAACGAAAGGUAAAUUUAAAGUUUUCAAUAUUUUGAAAUUUUGAAAAUUUCAGAUUUGUGGUGAGUAAUAAAGGCUCACUAUUGUUCUACGAUGACGAUCACUACGAAUACCGUAUGCGAGCUUAUAACCGCGAUAUUAUUAAACUUGGCAGUGAUAUAAUUUCGUUGAGGUGAAUCUUUGAGGGGGGGAAUAGAAAAGAAAAAAAAAUUUCUGCAGGUGCAACAAGCCAAAUUGCGUUGGGACGGCAGUUCUUAUUGAAGAUGGGACCGUUGUUCAGAAGUGUAAUCACAGCCAUAAGCCAGACAUUGGCAUAGUGAAGGUAAAAAAAUUAUGAGCCAUUUAAAAUUCAUUAUAUGCGCUCCAUAGUUAAAUUUAAUUUUUUGGGUGGGCUCGGGCCUUGGUUAGGGGAACCAGACGUACCCCGGAUAUUUUUGAGCAAUUCUAGGGAUCACUUAAGGGUUCUGACGUCUGAAGCGCGUUACCAACUUAGGAAUUCCAUGAUUUUUAGGGGUAAGGGGGAAAACAGCCCCUAUAGGGGCCGGAAAAGUGGUCCCUAUAAUGGUAAGAUCAUGGUGGUCUCUAUGUGGAGGUUUAGGGUCCGACAGCUUAGCCCCUGAAGUUCAAGUGGUCCCUAUAGGGGUGUUUAAAAUUUCAUUAAAAAAAACUAUUCAUUCAAUUUUUCGCAUGGGCUUGAGAAAAAAGUCGCAUUGGGAAAAUUAAAAGUAUAGUUGAAAAGAGAUCUUCUGAACUCUUACUGUAUACUGAUGCGCGAAUAUUAUCAGUGGAGCGCAAGUUAGUCUAAAAAAUAGCCAUCUUCCAAAGAGACUUGAAUUUUCUGCUAUUGCCUAUUCCGCGCCAGCUUGUCUCGUUUUUAUUUCGGCCAAAAAGACCGUAUACCAUAUUAGAUCAAAUUUCUGCUUUUAUAACGGCAAGAAACUAAGGUCUUGAAGCGAAGGUUGGUUAAAUUUGACCUGGCCUUUUGGCGGAAAGAAAAACGUGACAAGCCGGCGCGGAAUGGCCUAUAGAAUCUCGGUUCUUCUCAAAAAUUUUCAUCAGGGGACAAAUUAUCAUCGAAAAAUUGUUCUUUUGUCCUUUAGAAACGGCAGCUGAUCAUUCAAAUGAAAGAAGAAAAAGCCGAGGGAAUCGACACGGCACGCGUAAUUCGGAACGUCGUACAGAGAGCGGUCGACUCGGACUCAAUGCGUUACUUACCGUCGAAGGAAUCGUUGAGAAGAAUCGCAUAUAACUUUGCGACAACCAAGCCUGAAGAUGUGAAUUUCUUGUAAAAUGCGGACAGUUUAAAAGAGGAUUUUUCAAACUUGAUUUUUUUUCCAGGAAAUCGUCAAAAAACCGCUCUCCCUACGCUUGUCACCGGAAAAUUUCUAUCAAAAUAAAAACGGAUACAUUGAAUAUGUGAUGCCGAGCCGGAUAUCUCCAGAACAUGGCGUCAAAUUUCGAAUGAAAUUCUGUCAAAAUGACGAUCCGACGAAGAAAGUUGUCCAUUGGAGGUACUGGAAAAACCAUUUUUAUCUAGGAAAAUGAUUUUUUGUGAAAUAAAUAUUCAAAUUUGAAUUUUUUCCAGGUGCUCCCACUGUGUCCAUGUAAAUGGAGAAGAGAAAAAAGUCACCGAAGGGAAUUUUUCCCAUAUUUUUAAUGGAUUUUCGGCCAUUGAGUAUGAUGGAAAUUGGGUGGUCGAUCCGGACGGCCUUCAAAAUCAUUGCUGUGGCUGGCCUUCCAGCGAUCAUUUGCUUCAGGUUAAUAGGAGAAAAUUUAGUAAAGAGUGUAUAAUUGGAGUAAUUAAAGAAAAGUGGGAAUAAAAAAAUCAAAUUUGACGAUUUUUUUGGAAUAAUUAUUGAUUUUUUUGGCGCUGCCAAAUUGGAUGAUUUUUUGGAAUAAUUAUCGAUUUUUUGGCGCUGCCAAAUUUGACGAUUUUUUGGAAUAAUUAUCGAUUUUUUGGCGAUGCCAAAUUUUAGGAUUUUUGGGAUAAUUAUUGAUUUUAAGGCGCUGCCAAAUUUAAAAAAUCCAAUGUUGCAAUUUAGCUAAAUUUCAGCUUUAAUACUGAAUAAAUCAUUUUCGCCGUGGCUUUUUUAUGAUUUAAAUUCAAAAAUUCAGCUUUUUUGAUCAAUUAACACUUUGAUUCUCAGAUUUUUUUAGAUUGUUUUUUUCAUUAUAAGGAAAUUUUUUUAGGUUUUUUUAUUUUUCUGAUUACUCGCAAAGAAUUUCUUAAACCUUUAAUUUUCAAUAAAAAAAACUGAAAAUUCCAGGACCUGAGAACGGUCGGAGUUGUUCAGAGGCCUCGCCAAUUGUUCGACAGAAUAAAGUUUGAAUUUUCAUCAUUUUCAAUAUUUUUAUCGUUUUUCAGGUUCAGGAAAGCUUACCCAAGAUGGAAAAGGGACAUGAAAUCGAAGGAAGGUGUCACGGACAUUGAUUUGUGUUACAGUGUGAGAUUUUAUUCAUUUUUUGUAUAGUCUGUGUGCCACGACUUGAAAUUUUACGGAACGACAUUCCGCUGUUCCGCUGCGUGCGUUUGCGAACUUCGGUCUCGCUUUUAAUUUUUUUUUUCUUUUCUUAAGGUACUCUACUUCCAUGUGCUCCCACAGCAACAACAAUCAAUUGAAAGCGUGAUCUAGAUUCGUAAGACGCUUCGCGAACGCACGCGGCGGAACAGCGGAAUGUCGUUCCGUGAAAUUUCAAGUCGUGGCACACAAACUAUAGGAUUUUUUAAUGAAUAUUUUUCAAGGAGCUUCUCCCAUUGGCCAGCGAGGCCGAGGAGAAUUUUCCCUGUAUGGUUUGCCCUCAUUCUCGACACAGAUCUCGGAUGAUUUUAUUCACGUUGCAAUCGAAGAUUUGCUGCGAGUGGGUCGAGCAUUUGGGUGGGGAUUUUUAGGAAUUUUUUAUUUUUCUGAUGAAUUUUGGUUCCAAAGUUUCAAAUAUAUCAUUUUCUCUUUCUUCUUGGCUCAUUUUUCCAUCGCAAACGCCUCAAACCUUUGAAAAUCUGUAUUUACUCUUUUUUUUUACUGUUGUCCCCACCUUCUAUCAAAGCGCUUUUCAAUAAACUUGUAUUUUAUUUUGCCUUUUUUUCCGUAUAACUUCAAAAGGAUUUUCUCUAACUUCCUGGUUAAACGUUGAAAAAAGGAAAUUUUAUAGGGAUGUCCUGAAAAUUUCGAACUUUGGUACCAUUCCAAAAAAUGAAAAAUUUUAUAAAUAGAUUUUUAUUUUCCGUAACUUCUUCUAACUGCUUUGAAAAUGUUAUAGUGAUUUUCUUCUCAUAGAAUCUUCCAUUCCAAUAAUUUCAGGACUUCCUAGUUUAACGUCCAAAAAAAAAUAUUCUCAUAGGAUGCGCUAAAAAUCACGAAUUUUUAUACCAUUCCAAAAAAUGAAAAAUUUUAUAAAUAGAUUUUUAUUUUCCGUAACUUCUUCUCUUUGGAAAUGUUAUAGUGAUUUUCUUCUCAUAGAAUUUUCAAAUUUCAAUAAUUUCAGGAGGAGACGAUUUUCUCCUGGCCAUCGAUAGAACCCCAACUCUUCUACGAUUUAUUUGCCGCUCCCAUUUUUCCAGCUUUCGUUUUUCCCGAUGGCGAUUUUUCUCUGGAGAGCUUCCAAAAAGUGUUGGAAGGACGGGAUGUGUGUUAUUUUUUUAUAUUUUUAAUAAUAAUAGUUCAUUUUAAUAAUUAUAAUAGUUCGUUGUAUUUUUGAUUAUAAUGGUUCAUCUUGAUUAAUUUUUUUGGGAAAAAAAGGUCAAAUUUCCAAUUUUUAGGAUGAAGGAAUCUUGCCGAAACCGCUACAGGGACGACCACGAUUAUUUGUUCUUUAAAAAAAGGUUAAAAAGUUGAGAUUUUUCAUCAAUUUUUGAUUUUUAGAAGGCUAAAAUUGAACCGGUUUUUUUGUUUCAAAUGAGGCGGUUUCGACGGCGAGCAAUUUUGGUUUGUUUUUCCAUGAUUUUUUUCUAUAAAUAAUGCUAUUAUAUUUGAUUUUUCUGCCUAUAAAUGUAUUGUUUAAUCUUGCGAUUUAAGUUAGAAUUUUUAUAUCUUGAAGGGGCUUUUUUUGUGAUUAUCUUGCUAUAAAUGAUUAUUUAGACGAAGGAAAAAGUGAAAGAAGAGCCGAUUGAGGAGGAAUUUCAAGUUAAACAGGAAGUCCCGGAUGAAGACGAUUUCCGACAACCUUCCUGCUCUUUUCUACAAGAACAGAAAGUUCUUUUUGGUAGGUUUAAAAAAAAAUUUUGAGGAUUUUAGAAGAAAAUUGAAAGAAUAUAACACUUUGAUAGUGAAAAAUCGACGUUUAAAAGAGAUUUUUUGUCGAACAUUGAAUUUUUAGAGCCUACAGAGUGGUCCCUAUAGGGCCCCUCUAGGAACCACUUUACCAAUCCCUAUAGGGGCCACUAAAGCUUGCAAAGUGGUCUCUAUAGGGGGCAUGCUAUGCGACAAUUUUUAUGAACUCUAGGCAAAGAAGCAUUUCCAUGAGAAAAACUAAUGAAACCUUUUUUGAAUAAAUUGAACGACCCCUAUAGGGACUACCUUGAUUUUACCCCUAUAGGGAUCACUUUUUCGGUCCAUCUUGGGGCUGUUCUUCCCCCUUACCCCUAUAGGGACCACUCUAAAUUUCCUGAGUGAAUCAAAUUUUUGCAACGUCGGAAAAAAAAGGGAAAAAAAAGUUUUAAAUGAUGUUCUGGACAGAGAAAAAAUCUAUUUUCAUUGUAAAUUUAUCAUAUUUCUAAUUUUUUUCUGUUUUUCUCCUUUCUUCUUCAGUUUCUAUGAAGUUUUGGUGAUUUGAUAAUUCUGAAAAAAAGAAUGAUUGAAGUUUAUAAUCAAUUUAAUCUAGAGCGAAUUUUUUUCAAAUUAACUUUUUUUAGUGUAAUUUUUUUACCGAUUUGCCACCUGUUCCUCCCGAAUUUUUCUAGGAAAUCACCGUUUUGAGAUUUCAGCCUAAUUUUGUAGAGAAAAGUAUGUCCCGACAACAAGAAAUGGAGGAAGAAGAGGACGAUUUCGACGAAAUGGUCGAGGACGAUUCGGCAUUCGACCCGGCCUAUGGUGAUUUUCUAGAAAAAUAUAGAUGAAAAUUCAAUUUUUUUUUAGCCUCGAAACAGAAGGAUUUCCGAAAACUAUUAGUAAAUCCUAGCCGCCGGAGCACGAGACGCAAGAGAAAGUCAAUACGACUUGGUUUGGAUUUUAUUAGAAACUUGUGAAAAAUGAUAUUUUUCCAGUUCGAAGUGCAAACGCUUGCCGAGAAUGCGGGAGCUAUUGUGAGGUCGAAUAUGACCCGAAAAAACGAGGAGAAGUUGGUUUUGUGACGAAAAAGUUUACUGGGAAAAUGAUUUUACCUUACCGCUGGAGUUUCUAGAAAAGCCAGAAUCUUAGGAACUCCAGAGUGGUCCCUAUAGGGGCAACCUUAGGGACCUUUUUCUUGAAAAGUAACCAGAAUCUUCCCCUCUAGAGACCACUUUACCAACCCCUAUAGAGGCCACUAAAGCUUUCAAAAGGGUCCUUUAGGGGUUUUAGUGAGUGGCCCCUACAGGGGACAUGAUAAUCGAUAAAUAUAUGAGCUUUAUGCGAAGAAGCUUUUCUAGUGGAAAAGUUAAGCGUUGAAGUUGAGAGACCCCUAUAGGGGCCACUUGAGCUUUAGGGGCUACGGCUCAAACUCUAAACCCCUAUAGGGACCACCUUGAUUUUACCCCUAUAGAGACUACUUUUCCAACCCCUAUAGAGGCUGUUUUCCCUUAACCCCUAUAGGGAUCUCACUGAAAUUCCUAAGUCAGAUUCCCCGCAAGUCUUCUGCUUAUAAUAGGGCCUUUGAGACGGCCUACUGGGUCAAACUCUAAUUCCCUAUAGGGACCACUUUUCCGGCCUCUAUAGAGGCUGUUUUCCCCACUAACCCCUAUAGGGACCACUCCGGAAUUCCUGAGAUAUUCCUUGAUGUAACAGAUAAAGAUUCUGAAAGCCCCAACCUGCGAAAACUCCCGAUUUUCGGGAAGAAACAACAAAAUCCGAAUAAAAUUCAUUAAAAUAGGCUAUUUGGAGACUUUUUUUUUCUUGAAAAAUAGGAAGUUCUGGAGAUGGAAACGUUCAGAAACUCAUCAAGGAGUUUUUAAGCCAUUUUUCAGAACAUUUUUUCCAUCAUUCAAUAAGACGAUAUAUAGAAAAGUUCAUCUGGAAAUAAAAUCUAAGAGAUCACUAUAGUGAAGUCACUCGGACCGUUUUUUAAGGCUCCAAGAGGCUCUUAAUUUAGAGCUCAUUUCAAAGAACCUAGUGGUCGCUCUAGGGAUUGAAUUUAAGUAAAAAACUUAAUUUUCAAAUUCCAGUUGUUCUUGUGCGAAGACGGACACCGGUAUUAUCGAUUGCCGAGGAUCAAAUCCGGCACAAUCACUUAUGAAUAUGUUCAAGCUUGA